AUGAAAUUCACUACCACUUCCGCAGCCUUGGCCUUGGCCAUCGCCACCUCAGUCGCCGCUGCUCCAGCUACCGUUGAAACCGGUUUGUCCAAGAGAGAAGCCGACCAAUUCAACCUUAUCAUUGCCGACAUGGACCACCUUACUGCCAAGAGAGACUUGAUGGCCCAAGAAGACAUCGCCAAGAGAGAAUAUGCUAUUGUUACUCAAAUUCUUGAAGCCAUCUCUAACUCUGGCUUGGCCCCAAAGAUUAUCGACGGUUUGGUUUCCGACCCAACCUUGGGCCCAAUUGUCGCCAACGCCAUCGUUGCUAUUCUUAAGUCUGGUUUGAUCAACUUGACCACCUUGCUUAAGGCUCUUGUUGACUCUGGAAUCAUCAACUCUGUCAUUCAAGGCUUGAUUUCUGACUGUAACUUCUACGCUGAAAUUUACAAGAUUGCUCUUUCUUACAUUGGUGACUUGGCUAAGCUUAUUGGAAGCAAGCUUGGUCUUUCCAAGAGAGAACUUUUGGAAGGUUCUCCAACCCUUUCCUCCGAAGAAUUUGGUCUUGAAAAGAGAGCCACUGCUUCUGCUUCUGUCUCUGCCUCCGAUGACGGAAUUGUUGCCAACUUGUUGGACUCCUUGAAGAAAUCUGGUUUAGCCACUUCAGUGGUCAAGGCUUUGAUCACUGACAAGUCCUUCUUGACCUGGGGUGCCUCUUUGAUUCAAAAGAUCAUCCAACAAAAGGCUCUUACCCUCACUCAACUUCUUGAUGCCAUCAAGGGUUCUGGUUUAGUUCCAUCUUUGUUCCAACAAUUCUUCAACUUUGACACUUUAAAGACAGUGACUGUCAACGCCUUGGCUGCUGCUUUCGGCCAAUGUGACGGUGCUUCAGUCACCAGUUCUGCUACAGUUCCUGGCACAGUUACUCCUUUGCCUACCAGUGGCGGUGGUAACACUGCUGUCCCAACCACCACUCCUACCGGCACCCCAUCCAACUGUAAGAGAAGAAGAAGAUCCUACAACUACUAG